AUGUCCUAUAUGGCUCAGGUGUUAAAACCUAACUGUUCCCUUGUGGGUAAAAGUCUUAUUCCUAUAAUAUUGAGAGUUAAAGCCGCAGACGCUGACGUAGAUGUCGUAGAGUUGUCCCGGUUUAAGAAGGACGAACCCCUGGAGAGUUUUUCAAAAGCUGCGUUGAUAGCGGAAUUUGAGAAAUUGACGGGUGAAUCAGUUAAGGAUGUAUCAACUCUGUGUGGAAAGAAUGAUUCUAUUGAGAAUGUGAGAUUACUUGUGCAUGAGAGCAUCAUUUUGGCCAAUUCUUUGGGGGCUAGAGGUCAGAGGUUGAGCAGUCAAAACACUUCACCAACAGAAACGCCAGCGGCUAAAGGAAGUGGUACUAAAGCUGUCCCUGGUGAACCAUGUACUAAUCAGCAGCUGCAAGCCAUGAGGCAGGAUUUAGAUGAAUUAAAGAACAAAUCAAAAGAUAUACAGGUAGAUGAAGCACUAUCUUAUGUUAGGACAUUGGCAGCAAGACCAAAACUUACAACACCGGGAGUAUUGCUUGCGGCCAUCGAAAUGUUGGUUGAUGCAGCUAACAAAGCGAAUCAUAAAGACUGUUCAUUAUUUUCAAAAUCCUUUGCCAUGUGUAAAAAAUUUGAAGAUCAUGUUGAUUUUUGUGGGCUUGUGUUAAAAUUGUUUGGUUCCCAGGAGGACAAGAAGAUUUCCUCCUUAAUUUCAGACUGGGCAAAAUCUAAGAAAUACGAGGAACCAUCAGGGUCAAAGGAGAGGCAGGAAAAAUUAGAUGCACCACCUGCUUCAGCUUCUGGAUUUCCAUUUCCUGGAUAUGGGUUUCAAAAUCCAGGUUUUGGUUUUCCAUAUCCAAAUUUUUAUCCGGGGCCAAACUUUAAUACUGGUGGUUUUCGGCCUCCAAGAAUGCAAGGAAGUAGAGGCAAAACUCUUGGAAAGGGGAAGGUGAAUGAAUUUUCCAUCUUGAGAUUUGAUGAUACUUUGAUUUGUCCUGUUGAAGCCCUGGAAAGGUAA